AUGCAUUUGAAAACGAGGUCUAAACAGCGCCGUUCGAUUCGUGAAUGGUAUGAAGAGUUUCGAUCAACAGCUAAUAAACAUAUUCAUACAUUGGGUAAUUUUAUUUAUAAUCGAGAACACCAUGAAAUAUUUGGACGUGAUGGAAAACGAUGGAGACUUAGUUUUCGACCGCAAGCUAGUUUCAAUCUAAAUGAUGUGCAGACAUUGAUAAGUUUAUCAUCUAAUGAUGAACAAAGUCAAAAGGAAUCAAUUAAUGAUAAUAUUGAGAUUUAUAUAAAGAAUCUUGAUGAAUAUUUAAAAGUUUAUAACAAUACACGAAGCUCUAAAAAUUUCACUAUUCAUGAUGUAGGUGAUUGUAAUUCAAUUAAUCAUUAUGGUUAUAAAAAUGGUAAACCAUGUAUUUUAAUAAAAAUAAACAAACUUAUCGGUUUUAUACCAGAGAUUGAUAGAACUGAUGCUGAUAAUAAAACUGAAUCAGAAUGUAUUGGUAUUCCUAAUAUUCCAGUUCGAUGUAUGGGCGAGGCUCAAUCUGAAGUAAAAGAUGUACCAAAUGAAGCAUUAAAAGUGGUUGACGAACAAUUUAUAAAUGAUUUUGAAGAUCGAUGUGCAAGUACAAAAUGUCGUGAUGGUGAAACAUGUAUAUUAAAUAAAGAUGGUGAUGCUGAGUGUGCUUGUCUUACACAAUGUGAAGAUCCAAAAGAUGAACGUUUAAUGGUAUGUACAAAAGCUAAUCAUACAUAUACAACCGAUUGUGAAUUCUAUCAAAUGCAAUGUUGGUGUCGUCGAAAUGAUGAACGAUGUACACGUCGAGAAGCUCUUACAGAUUCAAUUGAUUAUUUUGGACGAUGUCAAAACCUUGGUGUUUGUACGGAAUUCGAAUUAGAAGUCUUUCCAAAACGAAUGACAACAUGGCUUGGAGAAAUUCUUGAUACAUUGUUUGUUCGUAAAGAUCUUAAUGCUAAAUAUGAAGUAUUAGUUAAUGAAGCACGCAAAAUGAAAUUAUCAAAUACAGAAAAGUGGUGGCGUAAUGCUGUACUUUGGGAAUUUUGUGAACUUGAUCGUACACAUGAUAAUUCAGUGAAUAAUGAAGAAUUAGCUCGUUUUGUUCGAUCACUUAAAGUACUUGAACAUUGUAUUCAACCAUUUUUGGAUCAUUGUGAUACGGAUAAUGAUAAUAAAAUUUCAUCGGAUGAAUGGGGUACAUGUUUAGGUUUAGAUAAAGAUGAUAUGACUUUCUUAAAAACAUUCUGUUCACAUUAA